AUGUCCAACUUCCACCGCAAGGCGACGAACAUCUCGACGCAGGACAUGAACUACGGCAAGACCUGGGGCGCGGGCGUGUCGCAGCAGACGUCCCACGGCCAGUCGGCGUCGCAGCUCCAGGGCCUCGACCAGUGGGGGUCGACGACGUCGCUCCUCACGGGCGGCGAGUGCACCGUGGCCACGGCGCCGAGCCGGCGCUUCCACCAGCAGCAGUACGCCCACGUGCUCACGCCCGCGGGCAUCCGCCGCGCCAAGGCCGUCGAGCGACGGCCCGUGUCGCCGCUGCGGUCCGUCAACGGCUACCAGGGCAUCUGGGAAGACGACACGGCGUCCGCGCCGACGGCGACCGUGCCGCCGCCGCCGGGGCCCUUCGUCGCCGCCCGCCAGACCUCCUCGCCCGUCUUCGCGUCGAGGGCCAGCGCGUGGCACUGGCCGCAGUCGUCGGCGCAGGAGUGGCUGCCGUUCCAGGAGGGCACGUCCGGCGGCGGCCAGGACGAGCACUUGCCGCCCUCGUUCGUCUGCCCGACGACGAGCGACGCCGCGCCCGACGGCCCGGGCGCGAGGCCCCAGCCCGCGUCGCCGUGCGCGCCGACGUCCGCGCGCCACUUUUGCUCGCCCGUCGCGCCGUCGACGGCGUACACGAAGCCGUCGAAGGAGCCCACGAAGGCCGUGCCGUCCGUAUCUAAAGCGACGGGCCCGUAG